AAUCAGUUCUCAGUGAUCGUGAAACACGUCGCACGCAAAAUAUUCCCCCAAAUAGUCUUCUACUAAAUUGAGAUUCAAAAGGAGCUUUAACAUAUUGGAGAUGGUGUUAAGAAUUGUUUGUAUCCUUAUUGUGACCUUCUUGGUUGUGGAUGCUCGGAAAGUGAAUACAAAGAAAAUCCGCGAAAUUCCCAGUGAUAGACUGAGCCUUGCAAAAUGGCCAUCCUACAAUAUAAUCGAACCAGAUGGACCAGGAACAUACGCUUACGGUUACGAAGUCGAGGAUCCCGUAUCAGGUUCCACGCAAUUCAAGGAUGAAGAACGUUUUAGGAAUGGUUCAGUUAAGGGAGCUUUCGGUAUGGCUGAGAAAGAUGGUUCAGUGACAAUUACACGCUAUGAAGCUGACCAGAGGGGCUUCAGAUCGCGAACUGAAAAACGAACAAGAGUAGGACCCUUCCAGACAAUCAGCUCCAUCGCUACACCAUUCCCACCAACUGGACACAAUCUUCCUGCCGAAAUUCAUCCAGAGAUCACUGGAUCAUCAACUCCGGCACCACUAAAUGAUCCCACUUACAUUGAUUCCGUGGAUUCUUUCGGGAAUCUCCACAACCUUCCCCAACAGGGUCAUCUUUCGCAUGAGCAGCAUAGAAAUUCUUUCAAUCCUUUCCCACCAAAUUUCUACUAUCCUUUCAUUCCUGUUGUUCGACCGGCUCCUGGAUACCUUCAGCGACCUCCCCAGGGACCUUUUAAUGUCCUUCAACCCCUCCAAUUUCCUGGACAAUUUGGGCAAUUUCCUGGACAAUUCCCACCAAAUCGCAAUCCCUUCAUCACCCGUCCACCUUUUGAAAAUUACUUCCCAUCAUUCACUGGAGCUUUCUCAAAUGACAGAUUCAAAAAUCCCCUAGCCGAUGAACCUAUCAUCACGAGUCCCGAUGCAUCGACACCUGUACCACCUGUAAUGCCAAUAGGUGCUAUGGAUGGUACUCAACCAGCACCUCAGCCACCAGCAACCCCUCCAUUCUGGGUACAACUUUUCCCGGGAAAUCUCUUCGGGGGCCUCACAAAUGGGCUUCAGAAUAUUGGACAAAAUUUAGGGCAAGGACUUCAGGGAAUCACAAGUGGAAUCACUAAUGGACUCACCAAUGGGUUAGGACAAUUUGGUAUCAAUCUUCCCAAUUUUCCCUUCAAUCUUCCCUUCUUGCCUGCCGCAACAAAUAAUGCUAUGCGCGAUCUUCCCCUGGCUUACCAGUACAGGAAUCUUCCAAAUUAUCCUCAUUUUCCCAUCCAUGAACACGUUGAGGAGGAAGAAAAGAAUGAGGAAACAUAUCUCGUUGGGGAAAUGAUUGACGAUGAUAAAUUGAAAGUAAUUCCGUCCGAUAGUUCAUCAAUGGAAGAUAAGGGGAGAGUUUCACGAAUCACGCGAAUGUAAAGUUGAGGAGCUUUUGGAGGGAAAAUCACAUACAUUCGGGGGUAUUUAUUGAACACCAGCGCAAGUUUAGAUGUUGAGCACAUUUAAAUGGUUUCUGUACACUCAUGAGAAAAAGAGUUUUCAAAGAAUUUAUACUCACAACUUAUUUAUUGUGGAAAUAAAAGAUUUUAAAAAUUAUUUUGACGUUUCUACUAGUUAAUAA